AUGGCAUCUGUCAAAUCCUUCGUCUCAGUGGUUGCGGCCUUGGGCGUAGCUCUGCUGCCAGCAGUUGCAGCUCAAUGCGCCGACCUGACGCCCGUCUCGCAACCGCAGCUCGCUCCCGGCUACUCCGCGAAACUUAUCCUGAAUCAGCUCAGCGAUCCUCGCAGCCUUGAGUUUGAUAGCCUAGGCAACCUGCUCAUCGUCGAACAAGGUGGCACUGGUAUUCGAUAUGUCAAGCUCACAGACAACGGCGGCGUGAAUGUCUGUGUGGCUUCCCAGAAGCAACUCAUUCCAAAUGGAAACCUCACUCACGGGAUUGCACUCUCUGCCGACGGCAAGAUUAUCUACGCCUCAACCCCCACGGAUGUAUUGGCCUAUCCCUACGACGCCGCUGCUGGCACCGUCGGACAAGCCCGCUCCAUCAUCAACGACAUGGCACAGACCGGAUACCAUCAAACCCGCACUCUGUUGAUCCCCAAGGACAAGCCGAAUGUGCUGCUCGUUUCUCGCGGAUCUGCCCCGAACCUCGACCUUCCAACGGCCGAGGCCUCGUCUGGCCGCAGCCAAAUCCGCGCCUUUGACUUGACCAAGCUCACAGACGGCCCCGUGCCCUACACCUCCGGCGAAGUCUUUGGCUGGGGACUGCGUAAUAGUGUCGGCGUUGGAGAGAACCCCAAGGACGGCGGCAUUUGGUCGGUCGAAAACUCCCUGGAUGACAUGGAGCGUAGCGGCGUGGAUGUCCACAACGACAACCCUGGCGAGGAACUGAAUUACCACGGCAGCUAUAGGGCUGCGCGCAACCCCUUGAAGGGGGCCAACUAUGGCUACCCCCACUGUUUUGCUGUCUGGGAGACCAGCACCAUUACCGGCGUGCCAGAUGUCCAGGUGGGGAGCCAAGUGAUUCAGGGAAGCCCAUCAGGCAACAUUACAGACCAGUACUGCCAGACGGUUCCCAUUGCACCGCGCCUCACCUUCACUGCCCACACGGCGCCUCUAGACAUCAAGUUCCACCCCGACGGAGGAUCUGCCUACAUCUCCUUCCACGGUAGCUGGAACCGACAGCCCCCUGAUGGCUACCGUCUAAGCAAGGUAGAAUUUGGUGUCGACGGACAGCCUACUGCUGCGUCAACCAGCAAGUCUGCCGAGACCAGGGUUGCGUGGAACAGCGAGAACGCUGUCUGCCCUGGGAGCUGCUUCAGACCUGUUGGACUCGCUUGGGACAAAGAGGGCAGGCUAUUCAUGGUCAGCGAUUCUACUGGCGAGCUCUUCGUUCUCACGGUGCCCGCCUAG